AUGAAGAUCCUUGUUUUAUCCUUAUUUGCCACGUUUUUGCUGUCUGCUUUUGAGCUUGCAGACGCUACUGCUCAUUAUGACAAGAUCUUGUCUCACAGUCGCAUAAGGGGACGGGAACAGGGUCCCAACGUCUGUGCCCUGCAACAGAUUCUGGGGACCAAAAAGAAAUACUUCAGUACUUGCAGAAACUGGUAUCAAGGAGCCAUCUGUGGGAAGAAAACGACUGUGUUAUAUGAAUGCUGCCCAGGUUACAUGAGGAUGGAAGGAAUGAAAGGCUGCCCAGCAGUUGCUCCAAUUGACCACGUUUAUGGGACUCUGGGCAUUGUGGGAGCCACCACAACACAAGGAUAUUCUGAUGUUUCCAAGCUGAGAGAAGAGAUUGAAGGAAAGGGUUCCUACACUUACUUUGCCCCAAGCAAUGAAGCUUGGGACAACUUGGAUUCGGACAUUCGAAAGGGUUUGGAAAGCAACGUGAAUGUUGAACUGUUAAAUGCGCUGCACAGCCAUAUGGUCAACAAGCGGAUGCUGACCAAGGAUCUGAAAAAUGGCAUGAUCGUUCCAUCUAUGUACAACAACCUGGGACUGUUUAUCAACCACUAUCCCAAUGGAGUGGUUACUGUUAACUGUGCCCGUGUGAUCCAUGGUAACCAGAUUGCAACCAAUGGGGUCGUUCAUGUGAUCGAUCGGGUCCUGACGCAAAUUGGCACCUCAAUUCAAGAUUUUCUGGAGGCGGAGGAUGACCUGUCAUCUUUUCGGGCUGCUGCCAUCACAUCUGACACCUUGGAAGCCCUUGGAAGAGAUGGGCAUUUCACACUGUUUGCACCGACAAAUGAAGCCUUUGAAAAGCUUCCCCGUGGAGUGCUCGAAAGAAUCAUGGGUGACAAGGUGGCUUCUGAAGCUCUCAUGAAAUAUCACAUUUUGAACACGCUCCAGUGCUCCGAGGCCAUUAUGGGUGGUGCCGUCUUUGAGACUCUGGAAGGGACAACUGUUGAGUUAGGCUGUGAUGGGGACAGCUUGACUGUCAACGGGGUGAAAAUGGUAAAUCGCAAGGAUAUUGUCACCAACAAUGGUGUCAUCCACUUGAUAGACCAGGUGUUGGUUCCCGAUUCUGCCAAACAAGUCAUUGAGCUGGCUGGGAACCAACAAACCACCUUCACGGAUUUGGUAGCUCAGCUCGGCUUGGCUUCUUCUCUAAAGCCAGAGGGAGAAUACACUCUGCUUGCUCCCGUGAAUAACGCUUUUACUGAAGACACCCUGAGAAUGGAUGAACGCCUGCUUAAAUUGAUUCUGCAGAACCACAUCCUGAAGGUGAAAGUUGGUCUCAAUGAGCUUUACAAUGGGCAGCACUUAGAGACCCUGGGAGGCAAAACGCUCAGAGUCUUCGUCUACCGUACGGCUGUUUGCAUUGAAAAUUCAUGCAUGGUGAGAGGGAGUAAACAGGGACGAAAUGGUGCUAUUCACAUCUUCAGGGAAAUCAUCAAACCAGCAGAGAAAUCUUUGCAUGAAACACUGAAACUGGAUAAGCGUUUCAGCAUCUUCCUCAGCCUACUUGAAGCUGCGGACCUGAAAGAUCUCCUGAGCCAGCCUGGAGACUGGACGUUGUUUGUGCCCACUAACGAAGCCUUUAAGGGGCUGACAAACGAAGAGAAGGAGAUCCUCAUCAGGGACAAAAUUGCUCUCCAGAACAUCAUCCUUUAUCAUCUGACUCCAGGAGUAUUCAUUGGGAAGGGUUUUGAGCCUGGUGUCACCAACGUCCUCAAGACCACCCAAGGCAGCAAAAUCUAUGUCAAAGGUGUUAAUGACACCCUUCUGAUAAAUGAAUUGAAAACUAAGGAAUCGGACAUCAUGACCACAAAUGGUGUCAUUCAUGUUGUAGAUAAACUUCUAUACCCGGCAGACACCCCUGUCGGAAAUAAUCGGCUGCUUGAAAUCCUCAAUAAACUGAUCAAAUACAUUCAAAUUAAGUUUGUGCAAGGCAGCAACUUCAAAGAAAUUCCCCUGACUGUUUACACCACUAAAAUUAUUGCCAAAGUUGUGGAACCAAAAAUUAAAGUGAUUGAAGGCAGUCUUCAGCCUAUUAUCAAAAAUGAAGGGCCUGCGCUUACUAAGGUCACUGUCGUUGAAGGGGAGCCAGAAUUCAGUUUGGUUAACGAAGGUGAGAGGAUAACUCAAGUGAUUCAUGGAGAGCCAAUUGUAAAAAAAUACACUAAAAUAAUCGGUGGACGACCCGUGGGAAUAACUGAAACAGAAGUGACAGAAGAGAGAAUCAUUAAAGGUCCCGAAAUAAAGUACACCAGAAUUACUGCUGCUGGAACAGCAGAAACCGAAGAAGCCAUUCAAAAGUUGCUGGAAGAAGAGGUCACCAAGGUCACCAAAUUCAUUGAAGGUGGUGAUACUCAUGUGUUUGAAGAUGAAGAAAUCAAAAGAUUCCUGCAGGGAGCUGGAACUGAGUACACCAAGGUUACUAAAGUAAUUGAGGGAGAACCACAGAUUGUCGAGAGAGAAAUCAAGAAAAUCCUUCUGGAAGACCAACCGGUAAAGAAAGUACAAGCCAACAAAAGGAUACCAGGUUCAAGGAGAAGAACAAGGCUAGUCCGCCACUAAGGGUGCACCACAAGACGGACCUCACUCAGCUAUAAAUCGACAGCCUAAUCAAUCAUCGAGAGGAAAAGAAGUUGCAAAAGCAGCUGUGCUUUUGGAACCUAUUAUAAACUGAACCAUGAGCCCACAAACAAUAAGCAGGGAAUCAUUCAGAAUGUAAAUUUUAUUAUUCCUUGUAAAUGAGAAAUAUAAAUGAAAUUAGAUUUUUUUUUAAGAAGUAGAUGGACAAGCUGAUGUUGGGAUGGAUAGUGACAGGAGAAAAUGAGCUGUAGAAACACUUGGCGCUUCUGAUUCAACCACGGCCUUUUCCUCAAGGCCUUAUCAUAAUUCCAUGCCAUUUCCAUUAUGCUGUGUAAAUUCUUCAGUAGAGUGCCAUCACCUUGCUCUCUCGGUUUCUGACACUACAGAACCUAGUUAACCCCAGCAAGAGAUUUUCCUCAAGUUCACCAGUGAUCUUGAAAUGAUUUCAGACUUCAGUCACAGUGCCAGUUGACAUGUAGCUUCUAAACCAUAGAUAAAUCUCACAACCCAGAUGGGUGCUCCUUUCUGGGAAGUUGGAGCCUUGGAUUAUACCCAAGGGAUACCUAAAAUGCAUGCAAGCAGUUAUCUCUGCAUGGAAGAUAAAAGUUACCAAAAUGGGUGCUCGGUAUUAAAGCUUUUCUAUUAAAAAAAAAAUAAUGCUUUGCUCAUUUCUGGUACUAAUGAGGGUUUGUUUGUAAAUUAUGUCAUUUUUAGACCUCGGAUUUUGUACUCAUGAAAUGUUGGUCACUUGCUUCUUGCAAUUUUUUUUUUUUUAAAAUAUCUCAA